AUGGCGUCAUCGAAUACUCCCAUGGAAGAUACCAUACGGUCUAAGGUCACAGCGUCCCUCAACCCAUCACGGCUGGAAAUCUUCAAUGACUCGCACCUGCACUCCCAUCACAAAGCCAUGGCAGGCAGCACGUCGAAGGAAACGCAUUUCAGGAUGAUCAUCACCUCGGAAGCCUUCAAGUCCCGAAUGCAGCCAGCCAGGCACCGCAUGAUUUACUCGUUACUGAAGGAUGAGAUGGCCCAGGAAGGCGGCGUCCAUGCGCUCCAACUGCGGACCAUGACCCCAGAGGAGGAGCAGCGUGCCAAGGAGAAAGAGCAAGCCGCCGAGGCAGGUGGAAGCUGA